AUGAUGGGGCACUAUUCCUCCUCCCACUGUGAUACCAAUGAUGGGGCCCUAUUCCUCCCACUGACUGACAGCAAUGAUGGGGCACUAUUCCUCCCACUGACACCAAUGAUGGGGCACUAUUCCUCCCACUGACACCAAUGAUGGGGCACUAUUCCUCCCACUGACACCAAUGAUGGGGCACUAUUCCUCCCACUGACACCAAUGAUGGGACACUAUUCCUCCAACUGAUACCAAUGAUGGGGCACUAUUCCUCCCACUGAUACCAAUGAUGGGGCACUAUUCCUCCCAUU